AUGUCCUGCUCUACCGUAAACGGCAGGACAUUAACCUCUCCAGUAAAACGGCAGGACAUUAACCUCUCCAAUAAACGACAGGACAUUAACCUCUCCAGUAAACGACAGGACAUUAACCUCUCCAGUAAACGGCAGGACAUUAACCUCUCCAGUAAACGACAGGACAUUUACCUCUCCAGUAAUCGACAGGACAUUAACCUCUCCAGUAAACGACGGGACAUUAACCUCUCCAGUAAACGACAGGACAUUAACCUCUCCAGUAAACGACAGGACAUUAACCUCUCCAGUAAACGACAGUACAUUAACCUCUCCGGUAAACGACAGGACAUUAACCUCUCCAGUAAACGGCAGGACAUUAACCUCUCCAGUAAACGACAGGACAUUAACCUCUCCAGUAAACGACAGGACAUUAACCUCUCCAGUAAACGGCAGGACAUUAACCUUUUCCAUAAACGACAGUACAUUAACCUCUCUAGUAAACAAGACACCAACCUCUCCAGUAAACGGCAGGACAUUAACCUCUCCAGUAAACGGCAGGACAUUAACCUCUCCAGUAAACGACAGGACAUUAACCUCUCCAGUAAACGACAGGACAUUAACCUCUCCAGUAAACGACAGGACAUUAACCUCUCCAGUAAACGACGGGACAUUAACCUCUCCAGUAAACGACGGGACAUUAACCUCUCCAGUAAACGACAGGACAUUAACCUUUCCAGUGAACGACAGGACCUUAACCCCUCCAGUAAACGACAGGACAUUAACCUCUCCAGUAAACGGCAGGACAUUAACCUCUCCAGUAAACGGCAGGACAUUAACCUCUCCAGUAAACGACAGGACAUUAACCUCUCCAGUAAAACGACAGGACAUUAA